CCUAAGCUUCAAGAAAGCCAGCAUGCAAAGCUACUAGCUCGCUUUUCAAGUUAAUUCUCAAGACAUCCAUGAGAAAGCCUCAUCACUCCGACACCCACAUGGAGCAUGCCGUAUUUCGAGGAGAUUCUCAUUAAGUUAACACCAGCAACCAAGCCAUACAUGCCUCGGAAACGGUCAUUAUGCGGGCUAUCGCGUCGUGUAAAACGUUAAUGUGGACCGAGUUAAAGCAUGCUGUUGCGAACUUGUACUUCGGUAGCUCGGCAGAAUCAAAUGGAUAUUUUCUAGCAUUAACAAAUCAGUCGAACCAUUUUUUAUGUGCAGGUAUGUCGAGACCACGCAAAUGAGCGACUCAAAGGAAGUCGUCCAUAUUCUGCCCUCAUCGUCGAAUUCCACUGGUUGAUGAAGUUGCCAGAACCUCAAAGGCCCCGCCGGUACGAUGAACACUACGAUCACCCGCCUAAGCACUUACGAAAUGUCCGGGAGGGCUCCCGCGUGGUGUUUCCACUGAGCGCCGGCAGCCAAACCUACGAGGAGCGGGCCGGGUUAUCCCACACACUACGCAAGCGAGGCGCUUCCGAUAGAUGGUGACUCGACCGGGAAGCGGCGCACUGCUGGAAUGCCGGUCACGUCGCCUUCCCACGGAGGGAUCCAGAGUUGUGGUGGAGUCGGCCAAGGCGGCCAUAGCAGCUUGGCGGGGGAGAUCGGGUCACCGUACGCGCCGCCCAUUUCUACGGGUGUCCACUCGCCAUGCCAGCGCCCUCUUGCGCGACGAGCCGGACGUGAAGACGUAGACAACACACUCGAAGGCGAACCGGAUGGGGCCACCGACAAUAUGGGCACGCGAUCCAUGGCCAACAUGACUGUGAGGGCUACCACCAAAAGGGAGCGCUCGGAGAUGCCCUUAUCGGUGACUGAGGAAGUGCCCAGGGAAGAGCACCCACACGGGGAACAGGGCGUCCAGCCGGCACUCGUCCUGCUAGGGGCCAUGGCGUCGGCUUGCCUGGCCAUCAGCCUGCUCACCCUGCUGGCACGCCUUGCUCCGCCGGCGCAGAGACCGCGCCGCGGCGUAUGCCUGACGCGGGCCUGCGUGGCGCUCAACGACAUGCUGGUGGCCGCGUCCAACGCCAGCGUCGACCCCUGCGACGACUUCUACGAGCACGUGUGCGGCCGCUGGACGGAGCCGGCCUCCGUGUACGAGAAGCACCUCAGCCUCUUCGUCGACAAAGUAAGACGUCGCCUAUAUUUGUCGUGCUUUUACGAACGCUAAGCGCCGCUUGAUGGGGAGACCUCAAAUAAAACCGCAUUGUUGCCCUCGCUCCUACUAAUAGCUUCUCAAAAAAAAAAAUUAUUCAGAUCUGUUCAUUUGCUCAUGAUAUAUUCAAUAUUAUUGCGAUAGCAAUUAGGUGGACACUCCAGGCGCAUUUUUGUUGCCGUCGCCGUCGCCGUGAUGUUCGUAUCUAAAGUCCGAGGGCGAUAACACCCUCGCCGUGCGUCGCAUGCUGUAUGUGCGAUUGAAACUGCGCGAGGGAAGCCGAUUGUCGCGGCUCAAUGUGGCGCGCGCGAAGGAGAAAGCGGUUAGCAAACUGGCCCGCACCUUCAGUCUCGCGAAUGGUCGUGGCGGGAUGGGAGGUAGGGAUGGAGUUGGGGCGGCGU